AUGAUAAUGGAAAACAGACUCUCCAUCUGCAGCAAAUUAUGCUAUGCAAUAGGAGGUGCCCCAAACCAAGUGGCAGGGAGUGCUGCUGCUUUCUUUCUGCAGAUCUACCUGCUAGAUAUAGCCCAUAUUACUCCGUUUCAUGCCUCUUUGGUGCUGUUUGUUGGCAAAGCCUCAGGUGCAGUUACUGAUCCUGUUGCUGGUUUUUUCAUUAGCAAAAGCAGAUGGACAAAAAUUGGCCGACUCAUGCCUUGGAUGCUGGCAUGUACACCCUUCACAGUAGUGUCCUAUUUUUUUAUGUGGUACCUGCCUCCUUUUGUAUUGGGAAGAGUUGCAUGGUACCUGAUUUUCUACUGCCUUUUCCAAGCUCUGACCACAUUAUUCCAAGUACCAUAUUCUGCCCUCACCAUGUUUCUCAGCACAGACCAGAAGGAAAGAGAUUCUGCAACAGCAUAUCGAAUGACCAUGGAAGUGCUUGGGACCUUGAUUGGAGCUGCCCUUCAGGGCCAGAUUGUGGCCAGUGCUCACGUCUCUCAUCACUGCACUGGGAAUCCCCCAGUGAACACAACUGACUCCUGGUAUGACACUCCCAGCUUUCCAGACCCCUCAGAUCCCCUGCUUCAUCAGGCAAAGGUUUAUAUGAUUGCAGCAGGGGUCAUAGGAGGUGUGUAUCUUCUGGGAAUUGUAAUUCUUUUUCUUGGAGUAAAGGAAAGAGAUGAUCCUUAUGCCUUUGAUUCAGACAGAGCAAUUCCUUUCUGUAAGGGGCUUGGACUCACCAUGAAGCAUGGUCCAUAUGUGAAGCUUACAGCCUCAUUUCUUCUCAUCUCGACAGCAGUUCAGCUGGAGCAGAGCAACUUUGUCCUGUUCUGCACUCAUGCUGCUGAUCUACGCAAUCACUUCCAGUAUUUGGUGGUGACCAUCUUGGUAUCAGCAGCUGUGAGCAUUCCCUUCUGGCAGAAGUUUCAGCAGAGGUUUGGAAAGAAGUGUGCAGCAUGUGGGAUUUCGUGGAUGAUUCCUUUUGCAGUCAUGCUAGUGACUAUUCCAAACGUGAUCCUGGCCUACGUCGUGGCCUUUGUCUCUGGUCUGAGCAUCGCAGCAUCUCUUCUGUUGCCAUGGUCGAUGCUGCCUGAUGUUGUUGAUAACUUUCGCCUGCAGAAUCCUCAUGGAAAAGGACACGAAACCAUUUUCUAUUCUUCUUAUGUUUUCUUUGCCAAGAUGUCAACAGGAAUUGGCUUAGGAAUUUCUGCAGGAAGCCUGGAGUUUACUGGGUACAAGCCAGGGAUAUGCAGACAGUCCAAGGAUGUGAUCCUCACACUGAAGAUCCUCAUUGGAGUGGUCCCUGCCAUCCUCAUCCCUGUGGGUUUGUUUAUACUUCUCUUCUACCCAAUCACUGAAGAAAGUCGGAAGGAAACGAAGAUUGCCCUCCAAGUGCUGAGAAGGAGCCAUCAAAGCACAGAGAACCUGGAUGAUCACAAAGAGGACACCUUGAUCUGA